AGUAUGACAAUCCCAUAAAGGGUUGAGAGGGCGGUAGCCUUCUCCAUUGUUGACAAGGAGGUGGAAGAAGGAUGCGAGAACACUUGUUGCCAUGAGCACACAAAGAAUAAGUGUAGAUAAAGGCAGGAGGGGAGAACUGCAAACAUUAAGUGUUGGGCCAAGACUUCUUAGGAACAGGACAAGGGACCAUAGGUUGCUCUUUUGACUCUGCUCUUCUUUGAAAUGCUUUCACAGGAAACAUGAAUCUGAUGUGGACCCUCCUCAUUUUCCUCCUUUUAGACCUAACCGUCUUCACUCCAGCCUUCCUCUUCUUAACACGACAUAUAGACAACUCCAGGUCUUGGGUCCCUAGAGGACACCACCGAUACUGUGAGGUGAGGAUGAGGUGCCGUUGGCUGAUCCAUAGAGGUAAAUGCAAGCAGAUCCACACAUUCAUUCAUGAGAAUCUGACCACCAUGGCAGAUUUCUGCAGAACUCCACCAGUGCCCUGCACCAACAGCCCCUCCAUGUGCAGCUGCCACAACAGGACUCAUGAUGUCACUGUCACUGACGGUUUUGCCAGCACAGGGACCCGACCUCUUCACUGCCACUACCAAAAAUAAGAAGGAGUCCACCAGGCCCAUGCGAGUGGGCUGUAAGAAGGGGGCACCUGUUCACCUGGAUGGCUAGGUUCCUCCUGACACUGGCACCUGAGUGACUUGCACCCUAUGCCUUCAAAUCUUUGCAGCACUGUCUACGUCUUCUUUGUAAAUGCUUCGUCCCUUGCA